CAAAGUAGUACCCCCAGUAGCCAAGACUACUCGAUCUUCAUUCCAUUCUCUCCGGUAAGCAAAUAACAACGUAGCAAAAUGGCGAGCAGUACCGGAGUUCUUUUCAGUGGCGAAAGUGAAAGAAAGCGUACCCUGUUGGGUAAACUUGGCGGAAAAGAUAUUUUGAACGAAGCAGUGGAUGUCUUUUACGAACGAUUGCUGCAAGACGACGAUAUGAAUCAAUUCUUUCGAGGAACCGACAUGCAGAUUCUCAAAUGGCACCAACUGAACCUCAUGUCGGUCGCGUUCACAAAGGUUCCCGACAAUUUCGACCUUGCCAGCAUGAUUCUUCGGCAACACCGUCGUUUCUUCGAGAUGGGCAUGACGGAAUUUCAUUUUGACAUUUUUGUAGGUCACUUCAAGGCAGCUUUCCAGACUUUGAAUGUCGAAGCAGAGCUAGUUGAUGAAGCCUCCACCGUUAUUCGGUCGUUGCGUCCUGCCUUUGUGCAAGGUGCGAUGCAAGAGAAAGAAAGGAGAAAUGCGAAGACAAAGCGACGCAUCCUUUCGCUAGUUGCUCUUGUUGGUGUUGCUGUUCUCCUCUUGCAUCGUAGCAAUAGGAGACGCUUAUGACUGUAAGUCAAGGCUGUACAAACCUCCAAUUAUAAAGUUACGGUACGAAGGAGUAUGUCAUCCGUUGUCUCUAGAGCGUCCCCACGUCGCAGUAGCGAACGCAAAGCUUCCAUAGCUACAACCUAAGAAAGUCUUGCAUUGCGAACACGGUAAGCUCCAAUAGAAUUUUCUAUUUCGGGAUAAACCCUCUAGACUCCAACUCGCACUCCUCC